UCUGCCUUCUCCUUCCGCACUCCCUCCUCAUGCCUUCCCAUCUGCCCCCGAUCCACACCAUGGCGCCGCCAGCACCUUCCAUACCUACCUAUAGACUAGAGUGAGAAGGUCCUUGGUGCAUGUCCCUUUGGGAAGUUACAUCUGAGACCAUAACCAUAUCCAUUAUGUCCUCCCACUCAUGCUCCGGUUUCCCAAUUCCUCGCACCUCACCUCCUACCCUCCUCACUACUCUUACCAGCGCUUACCUGAACGGCCACAUCUUUUAUGCGAAACACCUAGCUACUCACGAUCUUUACCCCUCUACGAAGCUUCGAAAUGGGACCCCAAGAAUCUAAACAAAGACCCAGCGUUUUGGACCUGCCGCCGAGAAUUCCAUCUCGACGGUUUACGCUGGCCGUCAAUUUUGCUCUUCGCACGAGUUCUAGUGCACAAGCGUCAGCAAGCGGCAACGAUUCGGCAGCUCCGUCGACUAGAACACAGACCGACAGCGAUGCCCAUGCUCAGCAGCCAGAAGAACCCGGGGAACGCCCAAGGUCGAAUAGCUCACCGGCCUCUACCAGUCUCGAGCCAUGCCAAAUCCUGAGAGUGCAGCGUCGGCGUUCGUAUUUGUACCGCACGAUUCGGACCCAGGCUCAAGCCCAAGCCCGAUUCCAAGCUCAACAGCAAACGCCCGCCUGGCACUCACCAGCGUGCUCCUCCUCAGGCGACGCGGACAACGAGACAGGAGACACGACUCCUUCCUCCACCCACAGCAACAGCACCCCGGACGAAGGAAACCCGCUGUUCUCCGCCAUGGCAGCCAACCUUCUUGCCCUCAUCACCAACCCGCUCGCCAUCAGGAACCGCCACGGUCCGUUCACCACCACGAGAACCAUCCCCUCCAUACACCCAGGCGGCCGCCCCCGAACUGUCGUAACCCGCUGCACCAUGACCAGCGUAGUCUGCCGCUCCCCGGCCACCUCCACCGGGAACGACACCACCAGGAACGACACCACCGGGAACGACACCACCGGGAACGACACCACCGGGAACGACACCACGGGAAACACCACUCCCACCCCCGCGCCCGAUGCGGGCGCCGAAUCCACAGCCGACGCCAGUGACGAAGCGUCGCACGUGGAAGAUGACUAG